AUGCUAUUAAAUGCGUUUGAGAGAUCCGCCUGGAGAAUCGUGGCGUCACUGUGUGUGCUCAUGUAUGAUCGUGCGGCGUGGAUUAUCGCCUCGCUACCUCCCUGGACGGCGACGCAGUACUGGAGUGGGAGGAAAUGUGCUCGUGCGGCUUCUGCCAGUGAGGAAAGUGCCGAUUUGGCCGCGAGGCGUAGGACACAUUCUCCUACAGCUAUGGGCCGAGUCCCUCCCUCUGGCUUGGCGAGAGCGAUGAGGCGGGAGGAUGUGAGCAAGGAGCACACCUCUUCGGGGAGUUUCCCUCGGAGGAUUGUGCUAACGAGAGCGUGGAGGUGGGUGGUAACGGCUGCGUUGGCGAUAGCUGCAUCCCUGAGGUGUUCGAACGUCAUCCCUGACGGCCCUCCCCCCACUCCGUUUUCGCAGCGGCACAGAAUUUUCGCGAAUGCAGCUGAGGUGAUGGUCACCACGUGGGCCUCGUCCGUUGGUGUCCAGUCAAUCUGUCCUGGUGGUGCGGAUGCGGCUCGGGGGGUUGUUGCCACAUUCACUCGACUCUCAACUCCUGGGGCAGCUUCACCUUCAUCCCCUCCACUUCCUUCGGUCGUUGAUACUGCGGCUGGCUCGGCAAUAAAGGUGGGGUCUUGUGCCUCUUCUGCUUCAUCCUCUGCCGCGUUGUUGACAUCCGCUUCUGUUAAAGCUAGCCUCGCUGCCCGUUGGAAGCCGUUCUCCCGGCCUCGACCACGCCCCGCAGCUCGCUGCCGUCGCCUCUGCCUCCUUGUAAUGCCUGUGGCGGUUGGCGGCGGUUCCCCGGUGCAGUAUUCGCCGCCGCCGUUUGGCGUGGCAUCAGCUGCGCUUGCCUCGCCGGUGCGGUCAGCGCCGGUUGCCCCUGUUGCGGCAAUGUCUGUCGCGGGUUCUCCUGCUCACGCGUGCUCCACGGUAGUCGACUCUGGACGAGAGUCGGCGUGUGUGGCCGCCCAACCGCGCGUGAUGGCGCUGGCGCCUGUACCUGCCUUUGUUCUGGCGCCUGCGGCUGACGUGGCGCAUCUUCCUGCUCCAGGCGCGGCACCCUCUCCCGCGCCUCACGUUCCGGUGUUGCCGUCGCCUGCUGAGACGGCGGCUGUUGCUGGGGUGGCACCUGCGUCUGGCGAGGGGCCUCCUCCUGCGCCUGUGGCGCUACCCGUGGCGUCUCCUGCUGCGUCCCAAGAUGCGCUGGGCGGGAAAUCUGCCCCUCCGCUCCCCGCGGCUUCCUCGUCUGCCCAUGCCCUUCCUCCGGCGGUGCAGCAGCGUAACUCACGUGCUCAUUCGCCCUCCCCCCGAGAUGAGCGUGAUGUGUCUCGUCGACGGCGGGAUUCCCCUCGCCGGCGGCAGCCGCAGGCGAACUGGCAUGCGCACCAGGGUGGUUGGAGGGGAGGUCGCGGUCGCGGGCGUGGCGGGUGGCUGGACGCGCCAGCAACAAUCGCGGACGUGCGACAGAUUGUGAAUGAGGCAUUUCGCGACGGUCAGGCCGGCCCAGCGAGUCCGUACAGCUCGCGGCGUGUGGCUCCAACGCCGUCUGCUCCCCUUCCGGUCGCUCGCCCCGUGGUUGCUCCAGCGCCGGCGGUGUCACUGCCGGCUCCCGCAGCCCCUGCUCACAGUGGUGGAGCUGGGCUUCCUCGGCUACAGCUUCCCUCCCUGGCGGAGGAGCUCCUUCCCCCGCGGGCCGAAGUUCCGGAGGCAACUCUUGGCCAGUUGUGGAGGCUGUCGGAGAGCCUCCGUGCGCUCCUGCUUGUGCAGUCCCUGGCGCACGGGUCUCUUCCGCCUGUUCCGGCGAAAUCUCUGCUCGACGGCCCGCGGGACGACUGUCUUGACGCGGCCGACCAGAUUGCCCUCCUCCUAGCGCCUGUGUUGGCCGCGCCCGUGCGGGGAGGCGUUGGGGCUGUGGGGCAACUGGACGCGGCUGUGCGGGACUUACGGAGGUACCUGCGGGCAGGUUCCGGAGCCGACGCGAUUGGCGCCGCCAUUCUGGUGGUCCGCUCGGUGUGGCAGACGAUGACGGGCAUUCUGCAUGCCCUGCAGGCGGAUCGGAUGUAG